GCACGUUUGUUUUGAGUCUCGAAUUCGCAAUGCUUUUGAAUGGUUCGAUUCGCGGAGCCGGAGCUCUUAUCAAUCCAAUACCGAUAGUCGUAAGAUAGUGCACGUUUAAACCUAUCCGGAGGUCGUUUACUCACUUUAGUUUAGUCUACUAGUAGAUAAAAAGCACCUUAGAAUCAAUUGUAACAAUGUCAAUCUCAAACAGUGUACGAUAUUUGGCCCAUAAUCUCUACAGUAGCUGGCACUGCUUACUGAUUCCACGCAAUGUCCAUCUUUCGCGAUAUCUCUUGCAUGGAGAAUAUGAAUGGCAGGAUCCCAAAACCGAAAAUGAAGUGGUCAACAUCACCUAUAUCGACAAGGACGGAAAGCGAAUACCGGUUCGAGGCAAAAUAGGCGACAACGUGCUCUAUCUGGCCCACAGGUUCGGCGUGGAGAUGGAGGGCGCCUGUGAAGCGUCCCUAGCCUGCACAACGUGUCACGUUUACGUGCUGGGGGAUUACGGGAACAAGUUGCCACCCUCGGAGGAGAAAGAAGACGAUCUACUAGACAUGGCUCCAUUCUUGAAGGAAAAUUCCCGCUUGGGUUGCCAGAUAGUGCUGACCAAAGAGCUCGAAGGCUUGGAACUGCAAUUGCCCCAAGCGACCAGGAAUUUCUACGUGGACGGGCACAAACCGAAGCCGCAUUAGACGGGGUUGACAAAAGGGCAGAGCCCCCCGGUUCGCUGGGGGUUUUCUAUGUAUAGUGCAGCGAAUUUUGUAGAUAUGAUAGGUAGUAGUUACUAUACAUUGUUAUAAGCAAAUCGAGCUUCUUUGGUUUUAGAGUUUGAAUAUUAUGAAAUAAAGACAUAAUUUUCAAUGUUGCCACAGUAACGUGAAUACUGUCGAAACGAAA